GCUACUUGGAUAAACGAAAUUCUCCCUAGUAUCUACCAUACUCGUCAACCCACCAUUCAACCUAUCCGAAUCCCAAUGUUUAAAGGCAAUUAUCUUCGAUGAAAGGCAAUUCAAACACCUUGCUAUCCCCAAGAUCGCACCAAGUCACUGAUCAUCGUCAUAAAAGUUUAUCAGAAUAAAAAAUAGAGGAUUUGUAAGAGGUUCCUAGAGUACAUCAACGUCUGCGACGUAUGAAAUAAAUAACGUCAAUAAGAUCCGCGAUAGAAAGUAGCUCUUGACCGUGAUAAUCGGCGAGAAAUGACCGCGAACAGCAAAAGCGGCUCGUGGCAGUGGCGGGUAUAAGGUCUCGGGAAGUCCCGAAAGCGGCGAGGCCGAUUGGCCGACAAGGAACCCCGGUUCGUGCCUCGUGCCAUGCCAGCCAUUAUUACAGCGCAACUGCGCUGUUGCUGCUGCUGUCUCGAUCGACCACUCGACAAACGAACAACCACUUGAUUCCACGGUGAUUCAAUGCUACGCUAUUGUCUUUCGACGAUAUUUAUUCCUGUUCAUAGUGCUCCCUCAGUAUCUAUCGUUUAAAGUGGCAAUUCAUUCAUCUUCUACGAUUUCUUCACGAUUUUUACCUGUGUCGUUUUGGAGUAAGAAAGCAAGUUAGUGGAAGAAGUGUGACAUUUCUGGUUUUGAGGAUAUCAGUGGAUAUUAUUGGAUAUCAGUGGUGCUUAAGAAGGUUGACGAUGUGGAGUUUGAAGAUGCCCGAAAAUUUGUGCUAGAAGAAAAUUAAGUAUUGUUAUUGACCACUGGGGUGUUAGAGUAUGCAAUCAGUGACAAGAAUGUGCAACGCGAAGGAAAAUUGAAGAUUCGUGAAGAUCAAGAAUUCCAACGAGAUAAAAUUCGAAGAUACCUUGAAGACGAGAAGAGAAGCUACUUUCAUCCAAAAUCCAAGUCUUAUCGUCACGAUUUAUCGAAAUCAACGGAGAAUAAGUCUCUAGAAAUCCAUAUAAUAUCCGAAUAUCAUUGCAACCACUGCACCAAAACACAUGACCCACCGAAUAUCAACUCGUCCACAAAGGAACUUGAAGAUCACAAGUACUCACCUCAUCGAACCGCAGAAUCAGGCUGUUAAACCUAACGAUCCUCCUCGAGAACUUUGAAGGUAGCAACGACACCAGGUUCAUCUAAGCGAUUAUCUAUCCGAAUCGAUGACUGAGAAACAAAUCAGCCUGUGAAAACGACGAAACCACUCGCGAUUAACGACUCUACUCGUCAAAUGAGUAACAACAACUCCGGGAAAUCGAUCUCGUCGUGUUGCAUAAGACACUCCUCGCAGUUUCGAUUUACAGAAACAGCUCUACGAUUACACAGGUAUCGACUGAAAAAUAGAUCGUGAAAAUAGGUGAUCAUCGCUUGAAAAACAUGGUGGUGAAGGAGGCAUCGAUCAGAAAAAUAGCUGGGGACGGUCUGUACGUGAAUCUCCAUUCGAACGACCAGGUUCUGGAGAUCACUGGUGACGGAUGUGACAUCACGAUGUCGAAGAACUGUGGUAGCGUAAAGAUCAUAGGGGAUGGUUGUCGACUGAAGAUAAAUCAGAACAUGGGUGACGUGGAAUACAUGGGAGAUGGUGGCCAGGUCCUUCUGGGUCCAAAGUCAGUUAAGGAUAAAGUGAAGUACACCGGUGAUGGCGGUAGGAUUAAAUUCGAUGUGGAGUUAAGGAUAAGAGACAGGAAGUCCAAGAGAGUUUCAAGACCAGAGACUGAGAAGGAGAUGAACGAAGAAAAGAAGGGCACUGAGAGGGAUAAGAAUGAGUUGAAAAAGGUAGAGAAGGUGGAGAAGGUGGAAAAUGUGGAAAAUAAGGAAGAUGUGGAGAAGGUGGAGAAAGCAAAGACUUCGUCUAACACCAAAAAAGAGGUAAAACGAGGUGAGCCUGAGUGCAAGGAGCAGGAAGAGAAGGAGGAGAAGAAAGAGAAAAAGGAGAAAAAGGAAAAGAAGGGUUGGUCCACGAAGACAAGAAUUGUUACGACUUUGGAGUACGAUGAGAAGACAGUAAAGAAAUGGUUUGCGAAACCGGAAAAAGUAAUCAGGACAAUGGAUGGAACUACAUUUGUGAAAAUUGUGCCGAAGCAGACGAAAACGAAGAUUAUAGUGAAAUAAAGAAGAAACGCAGAAAAUGAUAGAAAUCUGUAGCCUACAAUCUAACUCAAAAUCGUGAAAUAUAGAUUUUAAUAGUUAGAUAAUGUGCGAGAAAAAUUGGGAAAAAAUGGAAUUAGUACCUCGAGAUUUAAGUUUGGUAAGCAAAAGUUCCUACGCACAAAUAGAUGGAAAUUGCGAAACACGAGUUUCUAAGGAGAAUUGUUUGAUCGUGAAUCGAAUGUUUCGAUAAGAGUGAGUCAGAUGAUUAAAGGAGCCCCUUCGACGAUUCUUUGAAAAAGAAUUUCUUGAAGGAAUCGAAGAUACCAACAGUUGAGUGAAGAAAAAUAAUUAAAGAAAAUUAUCUAUUAUUCAAAACUAGGUAGAAGGUGAGCGGGAGGAAUGCCUAUUCGAUUGGUCAUAAUAUAACAGGUCCAUCUUCUUUAAUACAGUUACACACGUAUUUUCAUUAUUGGCAGAAAGUAUCACACCUGCAAAUGAGAUAGAAUGAUAGAAUGAUUGGCCUAGAGAAUCAGUAUUAACUGUUUAACAUGAGAUAGUAAGAUUGUUGAGAAAAACGAAAUACUUGCCUGGCACUUGUGCUGUUUUUAGUUCUAAUUUCUGAGUUCUACCCAAACUAACAGUGAUAUAUUUUCCAAUUUGCAGAUAUGAAAAUUUUAAUUAAUAAUGAAAAUUUUUGUAUCCUAUUUUUGUAAUGCUGCUGAAAAAAUGUUGCUGUUACAUUAUAAAAAAUUAGAUGUUAGCAUUCUUUUAGAGUACAAACUUCUGAAUUCUUCACGGUAAAUGCUCGUGUCACGCAAGAAAUGCGGACGAUGUUGUAAUCGAUCAAUUUCUCCUUAGUUUUCGUUUUUCACCAUGACAAAAUAAUACCCUUAAAUCGAGGUAGAAAACCGAUUAAAUAUUCGUCGACGAAUAGGUCAGUGAAAAAUAAUUUAACUUGUGUUCCAUAGAAUCUAAUUGUUUGAGUUCCUAAACACACAAA